CCAUGAGCUGCUCGGACGUGGCCAUGCAGCAGCCCGGCGCGGCGGCGUGCGGGGCGCCCCGCUAUCUGGCCGCGCCCGCGCAGAAGAAGUUAGCUGUGUACAACAAGAUGCAGGAGUCUCUGGAAGUGAGCCUUCCCAGCAAGCAAGAGGAGGAUGAGAAGGACCAGCCUGCCGAGAUGGAGUACCUGAACUCUCGCUGUGUGCUGUUCACUUACUUCCAGGGGGACAUUGGUGCAGUGGUGGAUGAACACUUCUCCCGAGCUUUGAGCCAAGCCAGUAGCUUCAAUUCAGAGACUGCCCUUUCCAAGAGCAAGGCAGGGCUGAAUCCUCUGUGGAGAGAGAGCUCCACGAUUUCAAGCCAAAGGAGCGGAUUCCCCACCUCCUUCUGGACCAGCUCUUACCAGCCUCCUCCUCCCCCCUGCUUGAGCGGCGUGCACCCCGAUUUCCCCGUGACUGCACCAGGCACCUUCCCAGCAGCAGCAGCAGCAGCAGACCCCGGCAGCUGGCCGGGACACGGCCUGCACCAGACUGCCCCAGCCCCUGCCCCGGCCGCCGCCGAGGCCUGGCCCUACCCCUUAGCGUCUCAGGUGAGCCCCUCUUACGCACACAUGCACGACGUGUACGUGCACCGCCACCACCCUCACCAUGCCCACGUGCACCACCACCACCACCAUCACCAUCCUCACCAUCAUCCCCAGCACCGGGAGCCGCGCUACGGCUCGCUGCUGGUGCCCUCGGUGCGCGCCGCCGCCGCCAGGAUCCCCGCGGCCCAGCCCGACGGCGCCAAGGCCGAGCCCGCCGCCACCGGCGCUACCUCAGCCUGGGCCGGAGCCUUCCACGGAACCGUGGACAUCGUGCCCAGCUUUGGGUUUGAUACAGGUCUACAGCAUCAGGACAAGAGCAAGGAAACUGCUUGGUUCUGAGGUGCAGAGAGAUUCAGACCAGCUAGAGCUGGAGUCAGCAGAGCUGGGUGGGUGAUACAGCAGUGGUUGACUCCUUCUGCAUGGAGCAAAGGACACACAUGAAGAUGAAGAGCCAACUGUUCUGGUUUUGCUAUUGAGCCUUUUAUUUGUAAGGCCAUUUAUGGGUCCCACAGAGUUGGAAAAAAAACCAGAAACCUAACUUUUCUUUCUUUCCUCAUCUGAGCCUGCUGCAGCUGGGCAACCUAACUCCUUUCUGCUCCUUUAACAGUGUUUCGUUUUGUUCAGCUUGAUAUUUUUAUGAACAGUCUCAAUAGUCAGGAAAAAAGACUCUCCCUUGACUACAGUGCGCCUUCUUUCAGGAAUACAGUAUUUUGUAGCUCUUUGUGCAUCUAUUUUUGUAGAAAUACAGAAAGUUUGGGUAAGGAUCGAUGGGCUAUUUUAGGAUGACAUAUUUUUUUAAAAAAAAUUGUAAAAUUGUUAAGUUCUGUUUAAAGAACUUGCUCUCAGAGAAGCACUGGCAAAAAUGUAUAAAAUGCUAUUUUUAGAUGUCUGUGAUGUGUUUGUGCAUUUUGGGUUUUUUUUUUGUUUGUUACCUCAAAUGUCUAUCUUUCUUUUCUUUUUAAAGAGCUAAACUCCUUUGUUUCCACAUUACUAGAUUCUGAUGUUUUUGUCCUUUUUGUUCUAGCUUAAGCAAGUAUAAUUUUCACCUGAAGUUUCAGCCAAAUAUUUUUUUCCUGGUGUUAGAUUGUAGUAAAAGUGGUUCUGUUUUUCUUGCUUCUAAAGGUGGCUUUGUGCUGUGCUGACUGUCAGAAUCUUGCAAACACCUUUAGCAUAGAGCAAAGCUUGAGGUUACAGCAACUGCAUUUCCCACCCAUCCAUUCUUUCAAAAUGGACCAAAUACUCUUAAAUCAGACACGAAUAUGGGCCUCAUCUAUGAUCCACUGAAGCUGUUGAACACAGUUCUCUGUGGGUUAUGGGGCUCAUAAAUAUCAUUAAAAUCUUACAGGCAGGACUUUCAGCUAAGCCAUUUCAAGGUGGUCACUUACAACAUCAAUAUUCAGGGAAAAUGAACAAAAAAAAAAAAUAAAUCCAGGUUUAUAAAAAUGUGUGGCUUGUGGAAACAAAAGGUUGUCACAACAAGGAGAGCACAAGGAGAGCUCCUGUUGCCUUCAGGCUGUGUUUGCCUGGGCUGGGCUGUGCCGUGGGGCUCGCGGGACCCCACUGCAGCGCUGCAUUUCAUCCCCAGCUGAGCCUGCAUGCACUGGGGACACGUGGAGCCACAGCCCCCCUGCUUGGGCACCCCCCUGGCCUGGGCCUUGGCUCUGACUGGGUAAUGAAGGCUUUGCUUGGAGCCAGGCUGGGUGCCAUCAGUCCUGAGCGAGGGUGGUGAGGGCGCCGUGCGCCCCUGUGGGUUCAGUCUCUGUGCCCAGCCCUUGGGGACUCCAGCUUAGGAGGGAGUGAGGGGAGCCCAGGGUCAGCACCUGGCUUGUUGAGUCCUGGCUAUGCCUUGGAGAUGUUGCCCUUCUGCUCUGUGCACCAGGGUCCCUGUGUAGUAUUUCCUAAGGCUCUUACAAAGCAUUAUGUUCAUGUCACCACUGCUCUCAGACAUCCCUGUUUGAGAGACACGCUGGCCAACAAGAUACAAACACGUGGCUGAGAUAAGAGUUUAAUUUUAAGGCACUGAGCAUUCUAAGUGUAGUUUUGUCAGGUGGAAACCACAUGGAUCUGUGUGUGAAAGGGGAGGGGGGUGUUGGGAAGUGCCUGCCACUCUGAGGUUGCCUGCACUGCUGCUUCCCUUCAGGCUGUUUGAACUUGAUCCUAUGAGGUGUUGAGCAUUCUCCCUUGUCAAGGGAGAGGGCUUGACAUGCUGGCACUGGAGGCAUUAGGAUUAUAUCACAAUUUGGCAAGACCCUUUAGUCUCUACCUUGCUGAUUUGAAGUUUGAGACAGUGUAUAAAUGCUGAAUGGACUAUGCUUAAAUAUUGCUUCAAAGUAAUAAGGUUGUAGUCUCUGUGUUGGGAUGAUGAAUUACAUGUGGUGGGGUUUUUUUCCUCAUCUUUGUAGUCCAUCAGUAUUUCUUUCUCUCAAUAAAUUUUACUCUCAUGACAGUUCUCUAUAUUAUUGCUGCUCUGGUGGAGCUAGCUCCUCAAUUUGCCAAUAAAUUCAUAAUGCAGUGGGAAAACUGUAUGGGAGGGAAUGGAGUACCAGCUGCCACAGUUCACUUUCUUAUCAGGACAGUACAGUUCAGGGAAUAUCUCAAGAAAAAGAGUUCUGACUUAAGAAUGGUGAUAGUAUUAGAAAUACUGGGAGGAAAAAAAAUCUUA